UUCCCUGUCCCUCACAGUCGCUCCGUUUCUCGUCACUCUCUCACUCGUCCGCGGUCGUAGGUCCCCUCCACUAUUCAAACGAACACAAACACCCCGCGCUCCCUCCGCACCGUACGACGACUUGACGGUCGCCCCACUCCCCACCUCAACUCCCACCACCAAGACCAUUCGUUUGAAAUAUCGCCACACACACACACAUAUGCACACGCACACACACGCAAUGUUAUACAUGGUUUUUUUGUCCGACCCGUUCCCCCGUUAACGUCGUCAGUACGGUAUACGCUGUCGUGACGUGCGUGUCCAUGAUACGACAAACGCGCACUUGAUAUUUCGCGAUACGGUCGUAUUUUGGUUGUGUGCGCGAUCGUGACUGUGGAUUUAUUAAUAUUAAUUUUUUCCCCCCCGCAUUAAAUCGCAGUAGUUAACAAUUGUUUACGCAUUUUUUUCUCCCAGCGCCGUUCGCUCCGCCAUGAAGUGCGUUGCCGUCGUCGUCUCCGCCGAUUUCGCGAUGCGUUGCUGACGCGGCCCCUCGAGAGUUCGCGGAAGGAACGCGAGCCAACGCCGUCGGUGCGAGCUGCAGCACACGCACCGCCGACGGUGACGACAGCGCAGUGCACGCGCGACACGCCAUGUCGGCCGGACCGUACGGAACUAUCAUGGACGAGUUGGGUGGCUUCACGGAGGUGCCCAUCUCGUACAGGCACAUCUCGCGGUUCCAGCCGUACCGAGUGCAACCGUACCAGGCACACGUACAGCCCGUGGCCGCGCGCAAGGUCAAGUCAUCGACGGCAGUGGACCGGCGGACGAUGGCUGGUGGGUGCCAGUACGACGAAAACCGACCCACGCACGUGCACCGGUUGUACCCCGAAAUACUGGCGUUAAUCUUCAGCUACCUGGACGUGCCGGACAAGGGCCGUGCCGCUCAGGUGUGCACCGCGUGGCGCGAGGCUGCCUGGUACAAGUCCGUGUGGCGCGGCGUCGAGGCCAAGAUCGACAUGUGCCGGUCGUCGCAUCCCAUGUACGAAAGCCUCAAGCAACGUGGCAUCAAGCGCAUCCAGGUGCUGUCGGUGUCCCGGUACAAGUGUCUGCGCGAAAUUGUCCAGAACGUACCCAACCUGGUGUCGCUGAACAUGAGCGGCUGUUACCACAUCAAGGACGAAGACCUGCACCAAAUGUUCCUUGAACACCACCCGAACAUAACCGAACUUAACCUGUCGCUGUGCAAACAACUCACGGACGGCGGUCUCAUACGCAUCGCUGACACGCUGCGUGGCCUCACCCGCCUCGAAAUCCAGGGCUGCUCGUACAUCACCAACAAGGGUUUCUCGCACAUCGCGAGGAAACUCAAGAAACUCAAGUAUCUCAACUUACGGUCGUGCUGGCACCUAUCUGACGUGGGCCUGUCGCACAUUAGUGGCGCCAGCAAGGACUCGACCGACGGAAACGCGCAACUCGAGUUCCUGGGAUUACAAGACUGUCAGCACAUCACUGAUGAGGGCCUCAAGUAUGUAUCUGAGGGCUUGCGCUCCCUGCGCAGUCUCAACCUUAGCUUCUGUGUCAACAUCACCGACACAGGUCUCAAUUAUGUGUCACGUAUGAACACUCUAGACGAGCUGAACUUGAGUGCAUGCGACAACAUCUCCGAUAUUGGCAUCGGUUACCUGUCCGAAGGUUGUACCAAAUUGGGCAGCCUCAAUGUGUCGUUCUGUGAUAAGAUCGGCGACCAGGCACUUCUCCAUGUCUCCCAUGGAUUAUAUGGCCUGCACACCCUGUCCUUAGGUUCAUGCCAAAUAUCUGAUGAUGGCAUACUGUACAUAUCGAAAUCGCUUCGCAACCUCGAGGUGCUCAAUAUUGGCCAGUGCAACUCAGUCACUGACAAGGGUCUGGAGCAUUUGUCAGAUUCGUGUAAACUGUUGCGGUCCAUAGAUCUAUACGGAUGCACAAAGAUCACCAAAGAAGCCAAAGAGAAGAUUCUAAAAAUGCCAAACAUCAGAAGGGAUACAGUCAAUGAAGACUUGUGGCAGCUUAGAUGACCUAAGGGAUAUUUUGUUUUUUAACAUUUCAAUAUGUGAUAUAUAUUUAUAAUUUAGGUACUGUUCAUUUUAUGUUUGAACUAGGUACCUGACUCAUCUUAUUUUGUUAUAACUCAGAUACUAGUUUCACCCUGUUCCGUUCAAUUACUUACAUUUUAUAUAUCAAUGUGAUAAUUUAGUUUAAUGCUCAUCAACUAAUAAAAAUAUAUAUUAU